GUCUUUAUCAUCGGCACCCGCCGGCGUUAUCGAAACCGGCCGUCCCGCGCGCCCGCCACCCACAGAGUGAUAUCGUCGCGCGAUCCGGUACCGCUCCCCCCGUUCGACCAGUUCGUGUGGUGCGACCUUCGCCGUACGCUCGCGGCGUGUCGCCCGCGUACGGCGCCGCAGUCGCGUUUUGUUUUCCGUAGUCGACCGUUGACGUGGCCGCGGCUUUUGUCGGCUCAGGUUCCGCAGCGAACGCCCGCCCGUCGCGUAAUCGCCGGGAGUCGCGCGGACGCCGCACGCGUUGCGGCCCCGACGCCCGAGCCCCGGUUAACGGGUCAGCUCAAUCGAGCCCGUUUGUAAUCGCCACGUUUCGUCUCGCGCAGUGUACGUGCGCUCGCGGCCCACUCGUAUCCGAUCUACGCGAUUCCGCGCCCGUGCACAGUUGAACGCCGGCUGGUGGGACAAUCGUCCCCGGCAGUCCGACCGACCGCAAACGGAGUACGGGGCCAAAGCGUCGCCGCCCCGUGGGACGUUUGUCGCCGUCAAUUCGCCACGAUCGCCGCUUAUCGGCCAAAUCACAUUGGACCGCCGCCGAUAACACCGGGUCGUGAUCCGCAAUAGCUUUGGUGUAAUGUGUUUUUUUUUUUUAAUCCAUAGGUUAGUGACCGUUUGUUCGUGUACACCCGUUGAUCGAGUUACCGAUUACGCUGUUAUUGUUUACCUUUUGUUAAUAUUUUCAUUUGUAUUUAUGUAUUGCGCGCAAAUCUGACUGCAGUCAACCGUGUGCCAACUUAUCUCCGUUUCGUAUAUUUAAAUUUGCACAUUUAUAAGCGUGGUCGUCUAGCCCGUAAUCCCCAGACAUCCUAACAUACAUUCGUCUGUUCUCCGACGAUGUAGUUGUUGAUGCUAACNUAGGAGCAUCUCGGCUAAACGAGUAGUCAUCCCGCAAUUGAAUUGAUUUAUAAUGUUCCAACUGUCACUAUUGUAGAGCGUAUUAUUGCAAUACGCCUUUGUCGAGUAUGAUAAAAGUAUCGAAAAUUGACAUCUCUAUAGUACUGUCCAAUUGAAAUUUCCUUUUAGAAACAUUGCUGUCAUUUAAAAUUAGAGCAAAAUUUUUGGUAGAAAAGAAGUGUAGGGGAAAAAAUACUGGUAAUAUUUUAAUAAUAUAUUUCGUACAUUUUCCCGGUUUUAUUUUUCGGUUUUUCCCCUCUUUUUGGGAAAACUACCAGAAAAAUCAAAAAAGGCUUCCUUGAAGUACCACUCGAAGAAAAAGUUCUGUAUCGUAUACUUCGGAGUAAAUUGUCUGAUAGUGAAAGUGAUCACAUAAAAAAAAUAAUUAUCUUUGUAAAACCAAUACAUUCAUUGCCCCACUCAGAAUCUAAAAUAUCUUCUACGUUUCGGCAAAAUGCGCGAGGACUCCGGUGCGGAAUUUAAUGAAUUUGAAUGCAUUUUUUAAUUUAUAAACAUUUUAACCGUGCAUGGUUCACUCCUCGUGAAUGCCUAACGGCUAUAUUAUUUGAUUGAAUGGAAUUUGAAUGAGUUUUUUUUUUUUUCAUAUAGCCUACCUGUUCUACACAGUUAAACCAUGGAAAUGGUUAUCAACACUAGUCAUCAAAAACCGAUAAAUAAGGAUGAAAACAACCUGCAAGGCUGUACUUCGAUAUUCUUCGAGUCUCAGGUACGUAUUUCUAAGCUGUUUAAACUGUGCGAAAGUUUUAAACGUAAAAGUAUUUUCACAUGUAUAAAUUUAGGCGUAAAAAGUUCGGUUGUUUACGAUGAUUAAAACGAUAUUUACUACGGAUAAUUUACAUACCCGAGAUUAUCUAAAUCACACGGUGUUUGUUAUUCGUUUGUAAAAUUAAAAUAAUAGUACGGACGGGCGGCAAUGAUAUUUUUAUUUACAAUAAUAAUGCUAAUAGUUUGCAUAAUGUUGUAACAAUUUCUACGGGAAUGCGAGUACAUUAAAAUUAACAUAAGUUAACAUUUUAAAUAUACCGAUAAAAAUUAUAAAGACGAGUCUAGAAGGCAAAAUAACAAAAUAAUAAUAAAAAAGAUAAAUAAGGUCAAAUCGGCAUACCGAAAGUACGAAAACAUGACUGCAGGUUUACGUUUAUCGAUAUUUUUCAAGUCGAUCACGGGGAAUGAAGGUCACGAGUUGAAAACCCCAACGAAAUAUACACUCGCCGUUAACUAGUAUUUGUAAUUUCAAUAAUAUUAAUUGAUUCCCAACAAUAAAAUGAGAUAGGUAUUUUUUCAAAUAUUUCAGCCCUUUCUCACAAAAAAUAAUGUUUCAUUGCAUUAGCCGUUUCGAGUACUAGCAAUGAUAAUAAUAUAUGUUCGACUCGUCGACAAAUUUAUGCACGUUAAAUUCGAUAAAAUUUGGUAACCGUAUUGAAAUAUUAGUGGACAAAUUAUAUGCGUAUUAUGCCUCUCGUAUUGUAUUAACAUCGACGCGUUAAAAUUAGGCGAUUGAUUGCUAUUUAUGUAUUUAUCGUUUGUUCAUAAGGAUGUUCCAUCUACAGACAAGGUGUGCAAAGAAGAAUUCGAACAACAUAAAAAUUGGCGUCUUCGACUGUUGUUAAUGAGCAACGAUAAAUCGUCGCUGGUCCAAAUAUGUCUGUACAACGCCGUGAUUGUAAUCUAUUUAUUAGCCGCUAUUAACCACUGGUACAAAAGUGGUAAUUAAAAAUAUACACACAUCUAUACAAUUUAACCUCCUAUAAUACCUACGUCUUUUUCUCUACCUGCAAUGACAAAUUGCGUUUAAAAUUUGUAUUUUAUACCACGGAAUUCACGAACGGUUAUUAUAAAUUUGAUUCGUAGACUCAGAAGACAUCGGCUGGAAAAACGGAUUGGGUUUGUUAAUCAUUAUCUCUUCGCUUUAUUACGGUUUCAUAAUCAUAAGAUUACUUUUACGCCCGCUCAGAUUUUUGUUCGACAUCAAAUCCGAAGCUCUGACACCCACGCUUAUCAAGUAAUUGGAUACAAAUAAUUAAGUACUUAUUUAUAAAUUUCAACGCGUUAUAACGUAUGUUAGUAAUAAAAAUAACCCAAAACGAUCACUGUUUCAACCCGUUCGGAUAUACAUCUAUCUGUUUUUUAAUAAUAUAAAAUAAUAAUGUAUUUGAAGGGAAUUUCAGAAAAAGCCGAAACCCGGGAACAUGGGAAGAGUUAAAAAAAUUCUUGGGCUCGUGAUUAUUUAUUUCUUUAGUGUUAUGAUUAAUUAGUUUUAAUUUGUAAUAUAGAAAUUAAAAAUUAACGUAAAGAGGAAUAUUAAAAANUCAACGCGUUGGGAUAUACAUCUAUCUGUUUUUUAAUAAUAUAAAAUAAUAAUGUGUUUGAAGGGAAUUUCAGAAAAAGCCGAACCCCGGGAACAUAGGAAGAGGUAAAAAAAAACCACGCGAAAUCGCAAUAUAUUUUAUAAAAUAGGUUUUUGUACUGUUCUUUUUUAACUCAGAUAGGUUAAAUAUUUUUUUUGUUCAAUUAAAUUAAAGUUAUGUUAAAAUACUCUAUUAACAUAAUAUUAUCAUAACUUCAAUUGAUAAGUUAAGAUAAUUUUUAAAAAAAUGUCAUUGAUUGGUAUUAAAAAUUAAAAUUCCUAAUGCGAAUGAACAGAAUGUCAAAUAUAACUUAUGCAAUGUAUUUUAAAAUCUGUGGAGUAAUAACAUUUAUAGAACUCUAAAUUUUAGCGCAAAAGUGAUUACUGUAUUAUUUAACAGUAAUAAUUAAUUAAUUUAUGAAACAUAUAACCUAAAUAAAGAAGUAAAACAAAAAUUUACUUCUUAGUUAUAAACUUGUAUUUAAAAUAUCUAUUAAAUUUUAUUAACAGGUAAAUGAUACUCAGGUAGGUAUUAUGAAUAUAAUUCUUGGGCUCGUGAUUAUUUAUUUCUUUAGUGUUAUGAUUAAUUAGUUUCAAUUUGUUAAAAUAGAAUUUAAAAAUUAACGUAAAAAGGAAUAUUAAAAAUUUUAAUUUAAGUUAAUUUCAAGAUAACGUAGAGGAAAAUAAGUGAAAUUAAAGUUACGAAAAGUAAAAUUGUAACCUAGUAUAUAAAGUAACUAAGUUGAAACUAAAUAAACUUUUGAAUUAUCAACCGGUCAAUGUCAAAUGCUUUGAUAUUAUUACGAUUAAUGAUAAAGAAAUAUGUUCGAUAUUUAAUCUGUAACAUAAUAUUUCCUAAAAGCGAUUAUUUUUUGUUUUUUUAAGUUGAUUAUUUUUUAUAUGUAUCUAAUAAAUGACUGUUGUACAUUCAAAUCAACAUUGUGCAUAAUAUCAUCAUACGUAAACGACAAGUAAUACUCAUAUAUUAAUGAUUCAUUUAUGAUUUUUAAUUUAUGCCAUAAUCAUAAUAAUGCAACAGUUAUACAUAAUAAUGGAACGUUUUAAAAACGCAUUAUGGAACAAUGACAUAUGUCAUUAACCUACUCGUNUAAAAUACUCUAUUAACAUAAUAUUAUCAUAACUUCAAUUAAUAAGUUGAGAUAAUUUUUAAAAAAAUGUCAUUGAUUGGAUAUUAAAAAUUAAAAUUCCUAAUGCGAAUGAACAGAAUGUCAAAUAUAACUUAUGCAAUGUAUUUUAAAAUCUGUGGAGCAAUAGCAUUUACAGAACUCUAAACUUUAGCGCAAAAGUGAUUACUGUAUUAUUUAACAUUAAUAGUUAAUUAAUUUACGAAACAAAUAACCUAAAUAAAGUAGUAAAACAAAAAUUUACUUCUUAGUUAUAAACUUGUAUUUAAAAUAUUUAUUAAAUUUUAUAAACAGGUAAAUGAUACUCAGGUAGGUAUUAUGAAUAUAAUUCUUGGGCUCGUGAUUAUUUAUUUCUUUAGUGUUAUGAUUAAUUAGUUUUAAUUUGUUAUAUAGAAAUUAAAAAUUAACGUAAAGAGGAAUAUUAAAAAUUUAGAUUUUAGUUAAUUUCAAGGUAACGUAGAGGCAAAUUAGUGAGAUUAAAGUUAAGCAAAGUAAAAUUGUAAACUAGUAUAUUAAGUAACAAAGUUCAAACUAACUAAAAUUUUGAAUUAUGAACUGGUCAAUGUCCAAUUCUUUGAUAUUAUUGAGAUNAGUAAAAUUGUAAACUAGUAUAUUAAGUAACAAAGUUCAAACUAACUGAAAUUUUGAAUUAUGAACUGGUCAAUGUCCAAUUCUUUGAUAUUAUUGAGAUUAAUGAUAAAGAAAUAUGUUCAAUAUUUAAUCUUUAAUAAUAAAUUUCUGUAAACGCGAUUUUUUUUUUUAAGUUGAUUAUUUUAUAUUUGAAUAUAAUGAAUGACUGUUGUACAUUCAAAACAACAUUGUGCAUAAUAUCAUCAUACGUAAACGACAAGUAAUACUCAUAUAUUAAUGAUUCAUUUAUGAUUUUUAAUUUAUGCCAUAAUCAUAAAAAUGCAACAGUUAUACAUAAUAAUGGAACGAUUUACAAACGCAGUAUGGAACAAUGACAUAUGUCAUUAACCUACUCGUGUAUUCGUAAUUUAAAAUGUAAAUGUUUUACUAUGGUUACAAUAAAUCAUAUCUGCAUGUGUAUUAAAUCGCAUUUUGUCGUCAUAUUCACAGACAAUGCAAUUUAUCGUAUACGACGGUAACGUUUCGAGACGUACAACAUUUGAAUUUCAAUAUUUCCUUUUUUUCCUUUUCUAUUUCCACUUGCUUCCAGCACCGCUCCUCUUCUCAUUUCAAGGCCCGCUUUCGAAAUAAUUAUAUAUCUUUGUCCGGGAAAUCUUCUGGAUUAUCUUAAUUUUAUCCAGCAUUCCUUGUGAGUCAAUACCAUUCCUUCCAUUAUAUACGGUUUCUUGCCCAUUCUUUUCGUUCACUUUCGCCUGUACUUUAAUGUCGGGUUUUCGAAAGGACCGCUAGACUUUCUCACUAGUUCUCGUACGGAUACUAAUAUCACCCAUGUUAAUAUCCACCUACAACUUAUAAUAUAUUAUUACAAUAGAAUUUCGUGUGCUGGGAUUGUGGUUUUUUUACUAUAGGGGCGGAGCGCUAUGUGUUUUUUUCGCGUCGUUCGCCGUGUACCUUUUCUUGGACACGCAAAACAACCGGCGUCGUCUGUUGCCGCUGCUCGGGCUCGCCGUGUUCGUCGCCCUCGGGUUCGUGUUUUCCAAGCACCGCNACCAUCGGCCUGUUGACGAUCAGGUGGCAGAUGGGUCGGUACGUCGUUCAGACCGUCGGCGAACUGUCCGAAAAGUUUUUCUCGUUCGCCUAUAUCGGGGCCGAAGUUACGUACGGCCACGAGUUGGUCGACAAUUACGGCGUGUUCGCGUUUAAGGUGAGCGCUUAUAUCCUAUUGUAUUAUACUACUAUACCAUUAUAAUCCAUUUUAACAACCCACCGUAGAAAUUAAAUCCUGAUCUGAAAAUUUUUAUGUUUAUUAUGUUUAAAUGUUUAUUUAGGUGUUUCACUGUACAAAAUGUGAAUUUUCUGGAGAAAAACAAAUUAGCACGGAUGUAAGACUCGUGCAGUUUAUGUGUUAUGUUUGGUUUUGACGUUAUAUAUUAAAUCUUGUGUUCGGUAUUGCUAAUGUAAGUACGACAACACUGGCUUGACAUUGGUCACGGACGUUUUGAACCUAGUUAAAACUAGUAUUUAUGUACUGUUUAAACAUAUGAAAUUUUAUAUCUUCUACGGUUUUGCCUUUAAUAGAUCCUUUUAAAAUGUUUCAUUGAUUAUGAUUAUCGCGCCAAUUUUUAGUUUUUCGAAAAUUAUUUUAAAUUAUAAAAGUUCUUGCUCAAUUAUACUACUAUUUUUUUUUUGCCCGUGUCAUUUGCGCGUAAUUUAUUACUGUACAAGUUAAAUUUCAAUUUUGUAUAUAAUAUUACAACGUAGUUUUCAAUUUUAUUGCAGGUACUUUCGGUAUUAUUUUUUAUGUGUUUUGUCAUAGAAAUAUUAUUUUACUAUGGAAUAAUUCAGAAGAUAGUAAUAAAUUUAGGAUGGUGCCUGCAAAAAUUACUAGGAACGACAGCGGCCGAAUCGGUAAAUACGUGCGCCAGUGUGUUUUUGGGUAUGGUAAGUGAUUCAUUUGUUUAAU